UCCUCAGAUGCUCUGCGCUGCUCUGCUCUGCUCUUCCCUUCCAAACCCCACCGUUUCCUAGGGUUCCUACUCCCCAUUUCUAUCUGUUAUUUCUGCAACAUUAUUCAAAAAAUUUCAACUUUUCAUUCAAUUUCUCCAGAUCUCAGACUCUACCUUCAAUUAUUCAUGUAAGUUAUCAUCUGUUCUCGAUCCACUUUUACUUUCUUUUCGUUCAGAUUUGAAGUUUACUGUGCCAGAUUUUGGAGGUUCAUUUGCAAUCUUACAAUUUUCAGUUUUUUAAAUCUUUCAUUCUUGUUUAUCAUGACUCAUGGGUCAUUUUGUUUGAUGAAUGAAGUAAUUUUUAUGUUAUUUUUACUGACUUUGUUCUUGUUACCGAUUUCUGUUGCUAUACGGAGAAAAACUACUUUUCAACAAGUUUAUCUCGAUAUUUGAAUGUGUUCAUUGUGAUUGAUGGAUAAGUUAUGGAUUGAAAGGAGAAGACGAAAAAUUCUAGGAUCAGUAGAUCUUUGGUGUUUUUACAGUCACUUAUUUCUUUUUUAGUAUCACUGAAAAUUGGAGAAAAAAAAUAUAUUAUUUCCAAUCCUUUUCGAUUAGCCGUGAUAAUGACAGAUAGUGUUAGAGUUGCUUAUCCGUUGAUUUACUGUGUAUCCACUUCGAUUGAAUAUGGUGAAUCAUGUUCUUCAAGUGACCCAUAGUGACUAGAAUGAACGUAUAGCAUUUUGAGAACCCAUCUGUUCGACCGAUAAAUUGAUAUUUUCCCUGUUAAUCGGGUCCAAAAUGGCAGGAAAUAAAAUCUUUAUUUUUCUUCAUUUUUUUAGCGAUACUAAAAAGAAAUUUAGUGGUUGUAAACACCAAGAUAUCUAACCAUUACUUUCCAUCUAUCACUUAUCCAUCCAUCACAAUAAACCGUACAGGAGCCAUAAAAGAAACAAAGAUAUUCAAAUUGAGUAGCAGAUUAAAACCUUGAAGAAAAAUAUUGAGAUAGACUUGGUUGAAAGCUAAACGGAUGCUGUAGUCAUGAGGAAACAUGGAUCCUGUAAUGAUACAGGAGAUAUCUUCAAUGAUUUGUGUUCAGAACUUGAUUAGGAAGAGUAUAUCUAUUAUUAUAGUAAUAUCUGCAAGUGGGCUCACAAUAUAUAUUCUACUAUCCUUUUAAACAUGAAAAAAAUAUAUUUUUGCUGUUGGCAUUGAAGAAAGAAUUCUGAGAAGGAAAGGACUGUUUCUAUGUUUUUAUGUUUCUUUUUGAAUUGUUUUCUUGGUUCUAGUUGUGCUAGCACUCUUCACUUUAAACAUGAUGAUGGAAGGAUCUUCUUGGUUUCUGAGUUGUGUUAGUCAUUAUUCCUCCUGUCUGCUUGCCCACACUCUUGCACAAGCCUGCGGAUUUUAAUGGAAACAACUGCUCUACCCUUUCUGGGUAGAGGUCAGUCUCACCUCUCCCAGACCCUACUUUCGAGUGGGAUUUACUGGAUUUGGUGCAAUUCUGAACCUGACUUUAAUAAUAUGAUGGUAUGAUAAAUCAGGGGUCUUGUUUGUAAGCCAUGAUAGAAGGCUGGAUACUGUAUGGGCUUUGAUGUUGUAUGAAUCCAAGUAUUUAAAAGCCCUAUUCAGAUGAAUAAUUGCUUCCAAGGUCUUGUAAGUCUACCGUACUCCAAACAAUUCAUCACAUCUUAAAUAUCAUUUAUAUGAGAUGGGUUCACAUUAUGGUAAUUGUGAGAUUGUCGAGUUAGAGGAUGAGCCCAAAUCAAGUGAUUAUUCCAAGAAAAAUCACCUAGAAAGGGCAAAUGACAAAGGGAAAAAGCCUCAAGGGUGCAGUAAAUCUAUCGAAGAUGAUAUCAAUAAGCUGUUUGAGGCAAUUAAUGUCAGAACUUCAUUCCAUGGUUUCGCCAUCUCUGAUGAAACAGGCAGCAUCACACCAAGGAGAAAUCCAUCAAAGAAACCAAUGAGGAUGAGCACGUCAUCUUCCUCAGGAAUCGGAUAUUCCGAGCCCGUGUCUCUGAAGCAGGCUCUUCGAGGACUUUGCAUUUCUCAGGCAUCAGAAAUGGCUGCCAUGAAAAGGUUAUCUAAGCCUCCAGGGUCUCCCGCUCUCUCUGACUCUGGAAAGCUAGGAUACAGGUCCGUUAGAACAAGUGAAUCUGGUACUUCUGUAGGUCAAAUUAAGGAGGUCAAAGUGGUAAUCCCUGAAGAAAGCACAUCCAGUUCUUCAAGAAAGAUGCCUCAUUACCUGCAAGAGAUCAAGAUGAAGUCGUAUGAUGAUGGUUUACAGUCUUCUCUUCAAUUGAAUAGUGAAAAGUCAACAAAGAAAGUGACGCCCGCAGUCCGAUUGAAUGAGAUUUUACAUGAACCAGAAUCUGGGAAUGAUAAUAUUAUUUCAAUUAGUUCGGCACCUUGUAUUGCUGCUACCAAUUCAUCAAAGUCAGUUAUGAACAGUUCUGAAGUUAAGCCGGCAGACAUCUGUGAGAAGAAUAAUUUCGCGCCACCUAAGGAAGUAAAUAAAACAACCCUUAAGUUGCGGCGAAAAGGGCGGUUGCCGAGCCUGCCACCAUCUACUUCUAUCAGCAGCAGCAAGUUUGGUAAGUCAACAAGAGUUCCUCCUAGAGCAGUCAAAACGGUCCUCAGAAACAAACACAUUGUGAAGAAGAAGAAGUCGAAGCAAGAAUCAGCAUUGACUCCUAAUGCAUCUGUCGGUGGGAAUGUUAAUUUGGUUCCAGAAACAAGCCAGUUGGUAUGCCAAAGAUGCCAUUGUGCUUUAAAGGAUGCAGAAAAAGAGACAAAUGAAGUCCAUUUUCUCAAGAGAAACAAUGUUGCAAAACGUGGAGAGAAAGGGGAGUUCACUCAAAGUUCAAAUAGCAGCAUUGGUGAAUAUAGUAGUAGCACUAGCAUUAGUGAAGAAAGCAGUCUCAGCAGGUGUAGCAUUGGCAAUAAACCUCAUAUGUCGACGGAUAUAAGGUGGCAGGCGAUCCAUCAAACAAUGAAACAAAAUGGGUAUCUAGGAUUGAGGCAUUUCAAUCUGUUGAAGAAGCUGGGAUGUGGAGAUAUUGGUACAGUAUAUCUAGCUGAAUUAGUUGAUACAAACUGUCUGUUUGCCAUAAAGGUGAUGGAUAAUGAGUUUUUGGAGAGAAGGAAAAAGAUGCCGAGAGCACAUACAGAAAGAGAGAUUUUGAGAAUUCUGGAUCAUCCGUUUCUCCCCACGCUCUAUGCUCAUUUCGUGUCUGAGAACUUAUCGUGUUUAGUUAUGGAGUAUUGCCCGGGUGGGGAUUUGCACGUCCUUCGACAGAAGCAACCUGGCCGAUAUUAUCAUGAACAAGCAGCAAGAUUCUAUGUUGCUGAAGUCCUUCUUGCCUUGGAAUACUUGCAUAUGCUUGGUAUUGUAUACCGAGAUCUGAAACCGGAAAACAUUCUAGUUCGACAAGAUGGUCACAUCAUGCUCACGGAUUUCGACCUCUCUCUUCGUUGUGUGGUGAACCCAACCCUCCUGCAAUCGCCUUCAUCUGAUGCAACUGAACCGCCACGGAUGUCGGGCCCGUGUGCUGGUUCAAACUGCAUCGACCCAUUUUGCAUUAAACCGUCAUGUCAAGUCUCAUGCUUCAGCCCUCGGAUUUUACCUACACACAGAAACCGGAAAACGAAACCCGAUCCUACAACGCUUCACCGCUCAUUGCCACAGCUCGUGGCCGAGCCAACUGAAGCACGAUCUAACUCGUUCGUCGGGACCCAUGAGUAUCUGGCGCCCGAGAUCAUCAAAGGGGAUGGCCAUGGGAGCGCAGUUGAUUGGUGGACGUUUGGCAUCUUUCUUUACGAACUUUUGUACGGUAGGACACCCUUUAAAGGUUCGGUGAAUGAUGAAACGUUAGCCAACGUGGUUCUUGAGAGCCUCAAGUUUCCCGACACCCCGCUCGUUGGUUUCCAGGCUCGAGAUUUGAUUAAAGGGUUGUUGGUGAAGGAGCCCGAAAAUCGAUUGGGGUCGGAAAGAGGGGCUUCAGAGAUUAAACAACACCCGUUCUUUGAUGGUCUGAAUUGGGCUCUGAUACGAUGUGCGGUUCCACCAGAGGUGCCGGAGAAUUAUGAUAUCGGAGUUGCGAAAGUGAAGAAGUAUCUGGAGUGCAACGGGGCGAGCAGAGGGCACCUGGAAUUCGAGCUGUUUUAGCGGAAAUCAGGCAUUGGAGAUGAGUUUAUGUUUUGUAUACUACAUAAUGUAAAUGGGGUUGAGGAUGAAGUACAACUUGUAGUUAAUUGAGUAGUCACGAAACGUUUUCCGAAAGCAAUGAUGUUAUAUACAGUAAUAAAAAGCAUUCUUGUUUGGAUGCCA